GAGAGUGAAAAAGCACCUCUUCAGCAGCUCGACAGAUCACUGCGCUCCUCCAUUGCUAUCCUGCGUUCCAAACUAGAAUCAUUGCACAUUCCUGUCAUACCAGAAUUGGACUACCAACUGUUUCAGAGGGAUUUCCCCAUUACCAGCACUGGAAAACAACAACAGGAUAAUCGUGCCAAAUCUAGGGAGUCUGUAUUGUCAGCUGACAUUUUGACUGCUCUGAUAUAUAAAGCUCUGAGAGGAAGCUGCACAGGGAGUGUCACAGGACGUCCGGUGAUGACAGCAUCCCCUCGGGAUGACAUGGAUACAACAUCCAGAUCUGUGGAGCCUUCAACACAACCGCUGAAACUCAAGAACCAGGAACCUUCUGACUCAGUGCUUGAAAAACACCCUGUCCCUACCCAGAUGCCCUUGCUUCAACAGCCACUCUUCAAAAAGCUCCUGUGGAGGAGAAAGAGAGAUCUACACAAGCGACAGAAACGAGGAGCCAGUGAAAAAGUUUGCUCAGGAGUGACUGAAUCAGCACAGCUGGUCAGCACCACCAACGAGAUGUACAACUGGAUCCUGUCUGUUCCUUCUAACAGCAUAAACAUGAUCUUCCAGGAGGUGCUGGUUGACCUGAAUUCUAAGAAUGAACGUGGUUUGUAUCAGUCACGGAUCAAGGCCACUGUUGGUGGACGACCUUUGACCUUUUACAGCUUGGUGGGUUUAGAGAAUGAGGCUUUCUACCGCAGCAUGCCACGCAUCAUUGCUGUUGCCUUUGGUGCUCUAAAAACGUAAAACACACUCAUGUAAGCUGCUGAAAGUAAACUUGAACUGAAACAGCAUCCCCAACAUUAAACGUUAUUACAUCCUUGACUCUCUAAUAUGAUCUGCUGCUAUGGAAAUGACUGGAAGGGGCCUCUUUCCUAGAGUCAUCACAGGACAGCUGCCACUUUUGAGUUGGUCACUGCAUACUGAGACUGGACUGACGGUGACUGUAUGUCCACCCUGACUUAACUUAUUUCACAGGAACAGAGGUUGAUCCUCCUGUCUGUG